AUGACAUCUGUGAUUCCUAAAUUCGAAGAUUUCGAUAUUUUUCCAGAUACCGGAUUCUUGCCUAAUAAACUUCCGCUCGAGAGAUUGCCGCAAAAUUAUUACCAACCAUGGGAAAAUCUUAUAAACAAUUUGCCAGCUUUAAUUCUUACAAAGAGGAUUAGGAAACUAAUUGAUGACGACUUCCCCUUACUCUCUACCGAGCAAUUGAGCUGUGUUGAGGAAUAUAGGAGAGCCUACCAAUGCUUGACAUUUUUAGCACAUGGGUACAUAUGGGGUGCCGAUAUCGCAAUUGAUAAACUCCCACAGAAUUUAGCAAAGCCAUUACUUGAAGUUAGCGAAUACUUGGGAUUACCACCUUUAGGUACAUAUGCUGGUUUAUGUUUGUGGAACUUUAAGGAAAUUAUUCCAUCCAAAGGUGCUGGUUCUCUUACUGAUGGAAAAGGGUUCGAUUUGAAUAACUUGACCACCAUCAACACAUUCACAGGAUCCAUCGAUGAGUCGUGGUUUUAUCUUGUCAGUGUGUAUUUUGAACAAGAAGGUGCUCAAAGUAUGAAGUUGGGCUUAGAAAUCUUGAGAUUAAUUGAGCAAGGUGGAAACGAACGUAAAAACAUUGAGCAGAUUUCGAGACUUUUGCAAGAGUUGGCAGAAAACAUUGACUACCUUGGUUCAGUUUUGAUGAAGAUGGAAGAAAUGUGUGAUCCUCAUGUGUUCUACUUCAGAAUACGGCCAUAUUUGGCUGGAUGGAAGGGAAUGAACGACUUGGGAUUGAACAAAGAUGGUGUCUUGUAUGGAGAUGAACCAGAAAGAAGAAAUUUUGCAGGAGGAUCGAAUGCUCAAUCGUCAUUUCUUCAAUUUUUGGACAUUCUUUUGGGUGUUCGUCACUAUUCUACAGGAGAAAGAGAAAAAACAGUAAUCGGUCAACCUAACGUAAGCAACAAGGGCCCUUCUAGUGCAUUUAUGGAUGAAAUGAGAAAUUACAUGCCCCAGAAGCAUAGAGAAUUCUUGGAAAGGCUUCAAAUUGUCGCCAACAUCAAACAAUUUGUAGAUGCGAAUAUGGAUAGACACCCAGAGCUUGUUUUGAGUUAUGAUGCCUGCUUAGCUAUGCUUAAGGCUUUCAGAGAUAAACACAUUCAAAUUGUGACGAGAUAUGUGGUGCUCCAGGCCAGACAAAAGGAUAAGAUGGGGUCUUCUACGACCAUGAGGUCUGGUUUAGCCAAAAAGGGAAUAGCAGAGAAGGGUACCGGGGGCACUUCAUUAUUGCCAUUCUUGAAACAAUGCAGAGAUGAAACUGGUGAUCCUGCUGCAGGUACAUGGGGUAAGCGUAUUCUUACAGAUGGGGUGAUGAGACUUAAGUAUUCCAAGAGUAAUGGAGUGAAUGAGGAAUGA